GAGAGAGAGCGAGUCUCCAGUGGUCUGGUCCAGCACACACGCAUUCGGUGCGAGGAUGAAGGACGUCUCCGCUGCGCACUGAAGUCUGGAUAAAGACGCGUGUGCCUGUCUCCCUGUCGCUGAUCCAAAGUGCUGCUUCACCCUGGUUCCGAUCGCACCUUGCACCUUUCCACGCAUUCCAGCGGAACGCAGCGGCGUAGGGACUGGACCAGUCUCUGGAGGUCCAAGAUGGAUCAACGUACACCUCGACAGAACCACCUUUUCUGUCUGAUCCUGCUGCUUUAUUUUGGAUCUGGUGAUGCCUCCUCCAUCGUGAACAUGCGUAGGAUCACACAUCCCUCGGUGCAAGAGCCGCUCGCAGGCACAGCCACCCUCCCCUGUGUCUUCACCAUUCCACUCAGCUCCUCGGCCCUGGAACCUGAAAUCCUCUGGACCUACAUCGGACAGCCCGGGAUGGGCCCCAUGAUGGAGCAGAUUGUCCUCACCGCUCGAGGUGAUGUAAUCAAGGUGAAUAAGGCUUUCAGCGGCCGCCUCAGCCUGCCAGGGUACGCUGCCAAUCCUCUGAAUGCCACCGUGGAGAUUUCAAGUCUCCGCACCAAGGACUCGGGCACUUACCACUGUCAGGUUGUCAUGGGCAACGACUAUGAGCGAGACGUGGUGCCCCUGGUGGUCUUUGGUGUCGUGUUCCACUACCAGGCUCCCAGCGCACGCUACUCCCUCACAUUCGCGGACGCGAAGCAGGCCUGCCAGGAGAACUCGGCCCAGAUCGCCACGUCAGCGCAGCUGUGGGCGGCGUACAACGACGGCUUCACCAGCUGUGCAGCCGGCUGGCUGGAGGAUCAGACCGUCCGCUAUUCCGUCCAGGCGCCCGAGCUGGAUUGCUACGGCCAUAAGGAGUACUUUGCUGGAGUGAGGAAUUAUGGGAAGAAAGAUCCGAAGGAGCUGUUUGAUGUUUACUGCUUCGCACAAGAACUCGACGGUGAGGUGUUUCACUCCUCGGUGCCCGGCAGGUUGUCUCUGGCUUCAGCCUCAGACCGCUGUGUGUCUCUGGGGGGUCAGCUGGCCACAGUCGGUCAGCUCUAUCUCGCCUGGCGAGCGGGUCUGGACAGCUGUGCUCCAGGGUGGCUCUCGGAUGGCAGCGUGCGCUAUCCGGUGGGCUUGUCCUUCAGGGGCUGCGGCGGAAGUCGGCCUGGAGUCCGAACUGUUUCACCUGACAGUGCGGGCGACAACACUACAGCACUUUAUGACGCUUACUGCUACAGAGGGAAAGUGAGGGACUCCGGCUCCAUCUCUCAGAUCUACACUUCCCUGUGGAAGCCCUGGAGCUACUUUGCAGGCUCCAGCGACGCUGACUCCUCAGGGACCGUCGGCCCUGAGCAGAGCACACAGCAGACAGUCUCCCCCAAAGCAAAUGUCUACAACGAAAAUGUAUUGUCCAACUGGACAGGCUUGGUGGACAUUGAGGAGGAGGUGUCGCCUCACGGAAGCAAUACGUCUUCAGACCCAUGGUCCACCGAGGAGUCAGGGUCUCUGGUGACCCUGCGGUUGAUUCCAGGACAGAGCUCCAUAGACUGGGGGGAAUUUCUUGAGCCUGGUCCUGAUUCGGUGGAGUUCCUCCAGCCGUCUGAGCUGACCACCCCUCCUGAGAAGAAGGCCAUCUCCAAAAUCGUCAAGUCCAUUUGGAGUCCUUGGAACUACCUGGUGGGGGCUGGAGAUGCGGAUGCAACCAAAGGUCCAGAAGAAAACCAGACCGACUCCAAACUGAAAGCUGAAGAGACACAUUUGUCGACAACAGGGGUGUUUUCAUGGAAGAAGUCACAGUCCACUGCGGUCUCUAAUGAGGUCACGACAGCCAGCGAAGAAUCAACCGGUCUUCCGCUCUCCUCUUCUUCCACCUUAAACUCAUUUGUCUCUGGAGAGAGCUCAACUAGUUCAGAGCCCUCUGAGACACGAAUCACAUCGAACCCUGUGACUGAAACCAUUACAUCGAGCGGCGGGACUUGGGUUCGUGUCGAGACAAAGAGCACUACACCACCAGGAGACGCAGCUGCGACCCCUCGGGUUAAUUCUAGAGGAGGAAGAGGAAGAGGGAAGAAGAAUCGAGGAGAGGAAAGGAGCAGAGGUGAGGAGAGAGGAAAGGCUGAGGAGGAAGGAAGCGGCGAGAUCACAGGUGUGGAAGCAAAGGGGGAGAUACAAGUCUCCCGAAGACCAGUAGGAACCAGCAAGCCAAGAGAACGAUCCAGAGAAAGAGGGAGAGGUCACAGAAGAGGACACUCCAACAGGAACAAGACCACCACCACUGCAUCCAUGAGCGAGAGCACACCUGAACCAACCAUGGUGUCAACAACCGCAUCACAACCAAGCCCUACGUCAAAGUUCUUAUCCAUCUAUCCAGCUGAAGCUGAGUUAAUGUCCAUUCCUCCAGACUCUCAGGCCUCAUCCUCAGGCCCGUCACCCUCAGUCUCACCACCGCUGUCCAGCACCAUGUCUUCAUCCUAUUCCUCCACUACUCCUUCCCAGUUUAUCACCAUGGAGAAGCAGUCUACCUCUGCCUCCGCUGAGGUGGCGUCCACUUCCUCGACAUUUUCUCCUUCCUCCACCUCUUCUCCAUCCUCCACCCCCUCUCUCGCACCCGACUCCUCUCCAUCAUCACCAUCCUCUCAUUCCUCCACCACCGCAUCAACUCCAUCGCCGACCACCUCCUCUUCACCGAGCACCCAGCCAUCGCCAUCGUCCACUCAUCCAUCCAGUUUCCCCCCUCUUUUCUCUGUCUCACUCUUAUCCUCUUUAUUACCUUCAUUCUCACCCUCCUCGCCAUUGCCUCACAAUCCCUCCACGCAAACCGUCGGAGCAGAAAAUUCGGCGCCCGCCGUCCACUUUAACACCCCGGAGAGCCCCACUGACUCUCAAGCCACGCUCCGCUGGGUCCCAGUGGAGAGUGGAGUCACCAACAGCUCGGUGGUCUCUCCUGUACUAAUGUCAGGGACCCCAGAAGAGGAGGAGUCUCACGCUGUGGGCUCUGGUUCCAUGCUCCCUGGGAACGCAGAGGUGGAGAGCAGCAGAAGGGGGAAUGAUGUGAGCACCGUUACUCCCACAGUGGUAGCGGAGCCCUGCGUGACAAACCCGUGUCUGCACGGAGGAAAGUGCCUUCCUCAGGGGACGGGCUACAGCUGCUACUGCCCACAAGGGUUCACCGGGGAGAACUGUGAGAUUGAUGUUGAUGACUGCCAGUCAGAGCCGUGUGAAAACGGAGGCACAUGCAUUGACAAGAUCGAUUCCUUCCUGUGUCUGUGUCUGCCGAGCUACGGCGGGGACACCUGUGAAAAAGACAUUGAAGGCUGCGAACAUGGCUGGAUGAAGUUCCACGGCCACUGCUACAGAUACUUCACGCGCAGACACACCUGGGAGGACGCAGAGAAGGACUGCAGAGAGCACAGCGCACACUUGACCAGCGUCAUCUCCUCCUCUGAGCAGGACUUCAUCAACGGUCUGGGCCACGACAACGCAUGGAUCGGACUGAACGACCGCACGGUGGAGGACGACUUCCAAUGGACCGACAGCAACGACCUGGUGUAUGAGAACUGGAGGGAGAGCCAGCCGGAUAACUUCUUCGCGGGUGGCGAGGACUGCGUGGUGACCAUCGCUCACGAGGACGGCAAGUGGAACGACGUGCCCUGCAACUACAACCUGCCCUACAUCUGCAAGAAAGGAACAGUUCUGUGUGGGACCCCGCCCGCUGUGGAAAACGCCCAUCUUGUUGGACGUCGGAGGUCGCACUACGACAUCCAUGCUGUGGUGCGUUACCAGUGUUCCGAAGGGUUCUACCAGCGCCACAUCCCCACCACGCGCUGCCGGGCCGACGGGACGUGGGAACGCCCCCGGAUCGUCUGCACCAAGUCCCGACGCUCCCACCGAUACCGCCGCCACCACCACAACCAGCGCCGCGAGCGCCGCAGCCACAGGCGACACGGAGGAGCCGGGCACAAGGCGGAGGAGGAGGCACACAGCUACUACUGAACCAAAUACACUACCAGUCUGCUAUGCCGAGGUGCUACACAUGGCCCAUAAAAGACAGUAGAAGACACCGCCACACUCCUCUUUCCGUUUCUGCUUGUCCUCGACUUUAGCGUGACUCCUGAAGAAUAACAAUAUCUUCCUCUAAUGUUCACUUUAUCUCACAGAUUUUGGGUGUAUUGACGCUUACUUUCCUUGAACAAAGGUCCAUGCGAACACUAACAUUUACUAACCUAACCUAACAGUGCAGUGCUGCCUCUUGAUCUUGACCCCGCCCCCUAAUGUGUGUGUGCGAGUGUGAGUGUGUGCGCGAGUGCUGAGUCACUUUUUGUGCUACAGUGUUGCAACAUGACAUCCAUCUAGUAUUCUGUUUACAAAGCACAGAUGUAAAAUGAUGCAAGCAAGCGUCCGUCCCCCUGGUAACCGUGGUAACCCUAAGCUUUUUGUAUCGAUAGCUGCCCCCCCUCGCCCUGAAAUCGACUCUGUUUUAUUCUACUGACAUGCUUUUUUUCUAAUAUUUGCUGUUUUUUGUGUAAUGUUACUAUUUAUUAUGAAUUAUGGACUAGUGGAAAAGCUUUUAUCUUUUAAUGCGGAGCGUCAUCGCAGCAUUUUUUUAAUCAAUCCCAGAGUAAAUCAAUGGUUUGAUCGCCUCUAAUCUACGUAUCGUAAAUGUUGUGGUGUUUGUCGUCGGCCGAUCAUUAACCAAUAGCGGGAUCUGGUCCAGUCUAAUAGAUUCCUCGUCGUGAAGCUAAUCGAUCGAAGGUGGAGGAGAUUUUUUUUUCUUUUUUUUUCUUCAAAAUAACCUUCUGAUUGUACCUAAAUUGCCGAGUAGACUCUCCGAUCUUUGCACGACGACUUUUAGAUGAUGGCUAGAAUGUUUUCUUUGGUCAAUUUGAUACCCGAGCGCUCACCACUUUUUGUGUUCUUUUUGACGGUUGGUUCAGCUGUUGUGUUUCAUUCUUAAUAAA